AUGGGUGGAGCUUCGAAGUUCUCCGUGAUGCUCUCCACCCGUCUCAGACUUUAUCCGCGAUCUCUCCUUCGCCUCGCUCGGCAGUCGCAAGUUCCCCCGACAUCGGUUUCUGCUGCCGUAGAUUCGCAUCACCGUCUCCCGCUCUCCGGUUUUCAACCUCGGCGCGGGUGUUUUUCUGGAGCCGAGGAGCAAUUGCACACGCCAAGGAUAGGCUAUGAGGAGACACUUGUCCCCCCACCGAAUUACAGGGCUUCCGUCCUUCCAUGGCCGGAGUGGUUGAAGCUCGUGGAGUAUUUAACGGCCUGUGGCUACACGGGCCGGCAGGUGCCUUCUGCACCGGGGGAAGAUGACGACGUGUCAUUAUCCUCCGAGGAGAUGCCCGAGGACUUCAGAAAUGUAGCUGGUGCGUGCCUUUAUUAUGCUCGCGAAUGGCCGGAUCUUUUGAGGUAUGGUUGGAAACCAAUGAUGAGACUUUUUUUUCCGACGUGGAAUGUAUACGAUUUUGUGAUUAUUUAUUUCUCAAAGCUGCUAUAGUGAACCGUUAUUAGUUUAUACAUCACCAAGUAUAAAGCAUAUCUUAUUUGGACAUUUAGUUCUUAUUUCUCUGAUUAAAACUAUACAGAUCUCUAUCUAAGAAGGACAUCGAAGUAGUGGUGGAGAACGGAUUACCGUUUUUGUUCAAGAAUGCGUCAGCUUCUGUCAGACGGAUGAAUUCAUUCAUAGGCAAUGAACGAAAUGACGUGAGUUUGUCCAUAAAUACCAUGAUCUGCUGUUCUUACGUACACUUGGUCAAUAGAUUUCACCUCAUCUAGAUUUUUCAGGUAUUGCCGUCCGAGCAAGCAUGCACCGUUGAUUUGAUGAGAUAUUUGUUAAGCUAUGCAUGGAAUCUUCUCAAUUUAAUUGGAGGGAAUAAUGCUGGAUGUGAAGAACCCGUAGAAUUAUCUGUUAGAAGCCUACUGCAUGAGUUGGUUACGAUCAGUAGUGGCAGUCGAGGAUCCAAUGCUACUAAGUCAUCAGCACGACAUUCUCACUUUGGAUAUGAGGAAUCACAGAAGCAUUUACAGCAAACUAUUGAAAUGAAAAAGGGUGACUGGUUCUGUCCAAAGUAAGACUACUUUUCCUAUUAUUUGCUCAUUUGUUUUGGUCUUAUGCCCUUUUUAAUCUCUACGUGCAGACAUAGUCUGUGUCUUUGUAUUCGUUGUGGAAUAUCACAAUUAUUCAAGUCUUACUAAAUUGGUGAUGUCUAAACUUCAUCACCGUAAAACUGCACUUGAACUAUUUAAGUUGCAGCUUAUUAUUUUAAUGGUUGAGUUCAAGUCAGGUUUACCAUUCGCAAAUAAAUGAUGUUUGAUGUCCUCUUGAUAACUACAUUUCAAUCAGUUUUAUCUUGGGCUUUAUUCUGAUAUUAGCAUGCUGAAUUUCAAGUUAACACUGUCUGUCAGAACUGUCACUAGCUUAUCUAGCGCAUACACUCAUUAUACAUGAUAACUUUUUAUUAGCUAGGGCUGCUGACAUGAUGUUUAUCCUGCUAACCUGAAAAUUAGUUGUGAUGAUUAAAUGGAUUUGCAUGCAAAGGUGAAUUUGAAUGUGAUACCCUGCAUGGUAAGAAAAAUCGGCUGGUUUGGAUCGAAAUUAGAGGCUCUAUUUGAUUUUGAAGGGGAAAAACUUACUCUCGAAAUUUAAAAAAUAGUGGGUAAUAAGUCACCUAUAAUCCAGCAUAUGUGUAACUUUGGAUUGCCAGAGUCUUGGUCGGAUUGUAUCUUAUAUCCUCCUGGAGAAGAGGUAAAAAGAAAGCUGUAUGUAGCACCUAUUCCCUGAAGGGUAGAGGAAUAAGAAGUGGAAGGUGAUGGUGGGGGAGGAAUAAGAUGUAGAAGAUACAAAAAAUAUUCAGCUUGCUGCCAAUUGCCGCAUCUUACUGGAACCACUGCUGAGUCCCCCAAGCCUCUGCUCGAAAUAUGGGAGACCUGGUGUCGUGAUUUUUUUUAGUGGGUGGGAAUUUUACUUAUUGUGGAAGUCUUAUUCAAAAGUUUUAUUUUCCUCUAUUAAUUUGUUGAAACUUUCUAUAUGUACAGUUUUAAAGUUACUUAAGCAUACUUUAUAAUUUUUUAUACUUUAUUGGCUGCCUUAACACCACCCCCCAUGGACCCCGGCCCUCCUCCAAAAAAUAAUGGUUGAUUUGGAUGAUCCGGUCUCCCAACUUUGGUUUCUAUUCCAAUUCUAGGUAGCCCAUCACAUCGAAAGAAAUGAUGUUUUUAUUGAAAAAAGCACAUUUUUAGAAAGUAUGAAGCAUUGAACCAGUCAUGACACUGAUGUAACAUUUGGUUUAAGAAAAAUGGUUAUACCUUUUCUAGUUUGAUCUAGUGAGGGAAAAAACUCUGCUUUGUAGCUUAUUUCUAUCAUUUUUCUUUUUCCUACGUGAAAUGCAAUAGAUUCCAAUAGAGCUCCCUCUACACACCCUGGCUUUUAUGUAGUUGGUAUGGGGAAGCUUGCCUCAAGAUCUAGAUUGGUCCGUUCAACCAAGGAUAUAUGGAAGAGGAAAAUGUGUGGGCAACCUGCGAUUACCCAUGAGAAUAUCAGUGAUUGUCGUAUUACCUGUCAUUCAAAAAUAUGACCCAAUCGUCAUGGAUUUCAAGUCUCCCUCAAUUUCUCAGAAGGAAACAUUUGAAUGCAGUUGUUGUUAUUGAUGCUAAUUAGCACAGAGACUCAAUUAUGGAAAUGGAUGUGGUUCUUAGCACUCAAAGUUGAAUUCUAUCUCUUCAUUCUUUUCCCCUUUAUUGUGCUCUCUAUGCCUUGUUAUCUUUCCUGGAUGGAACUGGAUGGUUAAAAAGAUACGAGGGAGUCCAGAAAGGUCGACUUUGAUUAGAAAAUUGCUAUGUAGAUUAAGAAUGUGUAUACCAAACGGUCUAUAAGCUCUAAACCAAUGCAACUCCCAAGUCCAACUCAACUAUAUUGAUAUUGAAUCAGAUUGAUUGUUCUGAAGUCAUAAUUGAAGUUCGAUUCCGUAAAAUCUGUUAGCAACGAGACUGCGUGACUUUUUUGCUUUGACAAUGUUUGCAAUGGCUAUUUCAAGUCAAAAUGGCAAGAUGUGCUUUGCAUCUUGUUUCCAAAGAUGGAUAGCACUGACAGAUCACCCCAAACCAACUGGGCUUAGCUAGAGAGUUGGCAUUUUCAUCUCUUCCCUGAAUACAAAAUGGAGCUACUAUUUUAGUAGGUUUUUAGAUCGAGUGGAUCCCAGAAAAUUUGUUAAAAUUCUUGUAUCUGUUUGUCCAAGUCGUAGGCUGACUCCUAGUUGUCAUGCGAAGACUUCAUUUGGAGAUAUAGGAGCAAAGGUACCUGCAGAAAUUUAGAAUCAAUUGCAGUUGCUCAGCCGUUAGUUGGAUAUAGUAGGUUUUAAAAAUCAUUACUGAGAUCUAAACCAAACUUUAAGGUAUUAACUUCUGCUCACUUUCACAUUGUCCUUUGUCUGAGAAGGAAAUUUUUUAUGUUUGUUGUAUUUGACCUUUUUUGCUUUCUUCAGGUGCAAAUUCAUGAACUUCGCAAGGAAUUUGAAGUGUCUUGAAUGCAAUGAGGCACGCCCAAAGAAGCAGCUGACUGGUGGAGAGUGGGAAUGUCCUCAGUAAGUUAGUCUUAGAUUGCCUUAUGUCGUAAUGUACCGCUUAUUUAUGUUAAUCUUGUCACUGAAAGAUCUUAAUAAUCCACUCAGAUGCGAUUUCUUCAACUAUGGGAGGAAUUUGACAUGCCUGAGGUGCGAUUGCAAACGCCCUGAGGAAAUUCCAUCAAGUAGGAGACCAGGUAUUGAGCAGAUUCUUAAUUCAGGCAACAUCAACAAAACCGAUAUUGAGCGUCGUCUAGCUGAAAAUGAUGAGAAGGCGGAAAGGUGGUUCAGUAAGGUAUCUCAGCUAGAUGAUUCUUCUGAUUUGAGCAGUGCCAUAGCAGAUGAGGAUUUCCCAGAGAUUAUGCCCUUGCGGAAAGGUACAAACAGAUUUGUUGUCAGCACCCGGAAAACACCACUGGAAAGAAGAUUGGCCAAUACCCAAUAUAGGCACCUCAGGGGAAACGAGGUUUCAUACAUGGGGAAUGACUCCUUGGGAAGGGCGGGAUCUGACAAGAUGUCUGAAUCAGCAAUCAGUCAAACAUUGGACAGGAUACUAGGCUCCUCGCCAGCUACAUCUGGAACUCACUCACUUCCGGCAUCAGGCACCAGUAGGGAUACAUGGAAUGAUUCAAUCAGUGGGGAGUCGAACAAUAUUCGAAGCGGUUUCACUUCUCCAGAUAGGAAAUCUUCCGGCUUUGUUCCAUCUGUGUCAGUAUCUUCGGAUAUGUCUUGCAAAGAACAGAACGCAGCAGUGUGGCAAGUGUCCAAUAAAGUCCAGAACAAUGACACGCUGGUAGAUGCUGUGCCGGGGAGAACAGGUAAUUCUUUUCGUUCUGAUUUUUUCAGUGAUCAGAAAGCGGAUGAGGCUAUGAAAAGACCAUCUCAUCCAUCUGAGUUGGGGUCGAAAAAACCUGCACAGUCUCCUGGCAUUACUAAUACAGAUAAUGAAAUGCCAAACAAAGGUUUUCUGGAGACCAUGCCUAUGCAUGGUAAAGAAAAUGGGGGAGAUCACUCCCUGGUUUCACCGCACUACAAGAGACGCAUAGCCAUUGAUCAAGCAAACAAUUCUAAUUUCAUCCCCUUCGUUCCUUUUCCUCCGGAUUAUUUUGCGAAAAAGGGAAACCAGAAUGGAUCUGGAAUUUCAACAGAGAAACACGAAGCUCAAAAUUCUUCUUCAGCAGCAGCGGGAAAUGAUAAAAGGAUGCCCCCGAAAUUUGAAGAAAAUAGUCUCGGAUAUUCCAACGAGGAAAGAGUUGGUUACACCAGGCAAAGUCAAAGCACAAGAUCUAGCGGAAGUGGUUGGAACAGUGGACCCGUACAAGCCAACUUAAAUGAAAGGAGGGCGAUGCAACAAUGCGACAAUCUAUUUGACGACAAAGUCGGAAGCUCCCGUGAUGCUUUUCACCAGGGGAAUCCGGGUGGUGGUGUGAGUGGUUCGAGCAACUGGAACCGUCCUGUGGAACGUCUACAAAAGGUCACGGAGAAUGGGAAUCAUGGGUUUGCUGGGAAAAGCUUGGAGGGUUCAGCGGUAACAGAACCUGAUCCUCUGGAUAUGUCGGAGGAGGCCAAAGCCCAGAGAUGGUUCCGCAGAGUUUCUCAGAUCAAAGACAUAUCUGAGCUGAGUAAUAUCCCAGAUGAGGACUUCCCAGAGAUAAUGCCUAUGAGAAAAGGGGUCAACCGAUUUGUUGUGAGUAAGAGGAAGACUCCAUUAGAGAGGAGGCUGACUUCUCCACAGUACAGAAGGAACUUGCCCAUUGUGAGUUCUAAUCCCAACAAAGAUUCCACAAAAGAGUAG